AAUGAGCCCCUCCCGGACUUCAUUCAGAGAAUGCAGGACCAUACAGCCGCACUCACCCGUGUCAAGGAACAGCAAGAGGCUGCCGCAGCCGAAAGACUACGGCUAGCAGAGGAAGCUGCAGCACAAACCCGGCGUCAAGCUGAGGCAGACCAGUUGGCGAUCGAUCAGCUCAACGCCGACAGCGAUGAACUUGUAAUUGCUAAUCAAGCACAAUGGACAGCGGUACUCAACGGGAUGCGUUAUGUCCCCGUACCCGGCAGCGAGCCAACGACAGUGCAACAGGAGAGGCAAGACCUGGCAGAUAUUCUACUCAAUACAAUGCGCGCCGUCAUUUGGAACAGCACCAUGGGGGAGCUGCAUUCCCAGUCCACACGGCAGCUGCAGCACGAUCUGAACCACAACGUGAAGACGCUUGCAGCAGCUGUCAAGGUCCCGGACAACCAGCUGAAACAGCUAGAUGCACGCAUUGCUACCUUGGAGGCAAGGCCUCCCCAAGCAGUGCCAGGUUGCACGACAGACACGACAGACAUGACGAAGCAGGUCAAUGGGCGCAUCGAUUAUGUCGUCAAUCUCAUCGGCGACAUAGGUGUUUUCAAUGGGCCGGACACGAUCAGUAGCACGGUGGCCGCCAUCAAAACGGACAUCACCAAGCUGCAGACGAGACCGGACGCCGCUACCAAGAAUUUCAAGAUGCCGCAGUUCACCAUCAGCAAGUUCGACGACGACAACAAGACCGACGCUUUGACAUGGUGGCAAGGUUUCCUCACAGAAGCAUCCUGCCGCACUGUCCCGGCUGAAGACAUGUUGAAGGCGAUCUACCUACAACUGAUUGGAGGAGCGCAAGCAUGGAUGAAUCACCUGGCGGCUACCAAGCAAUGCACUAUCGCCGAACUCCACACGCACAUUACGUGGAAGGAGUUCAAGCAACUAUGGAUCACCCAAUUCAUGGUCCGCAAUGUCGUGAAGGCGGCCAUGAACGAGGUGUACACUUGCUCACAGGGAAAUAUGCCAACUCGAGACUGGACGAUUAAGUGGCAGAAGAUAGUGACCAUGCCAGGCUUCGAUUUGAGUUUUACAAACCAACGAUCCGAGUUCUUCUCACGAUCAUGCGCAGGAUUGCGGUCGGCACUCGGCAACGAGUACGACUAUACCUCGUUCCAGGCUAUUCUGAACCGCGCAAACCUGGUCAUCCAAACGGACGACAAGGCCGCCAACGAGAAGCAGUCCCAGCCGCACUAUAUGGCUAAGCCGGCCUAUCAACGACCAGCACAUAACAAUGCUGUGAUUUCUGAAGAAACAGUCGAUCUCCACGCUACAGCAGCAUCCUCGAGUGAUGGAGGAAUUGUAGCAGCGCUCCCGCCGAAGCGUCCCAAGAGAGUUCGGAAGAACAAGGCGACACAAGAGACGACAUCGACGGGAACUGGGCAGCAGCCAUGGACGACAUACAAGAUAACCAAGGAAAUCUACGCCCUUUGUCAAAAGUACGGAUAUUGCCUUUGGUGCAAUGGAGUCACGCACUUGACCGCACAAUGCCCCGAAAAGGGCAAGGCACGCGUACCCCGUCCAGCAAACUCGGGAAACUGAGUUACGCAAGGAGAGGGGCGACGUCUCUCCUCACUCCGCCGGACCCGGUUGCCUUGCUAGCAAUCGAUGUC